CAAAGAAAUGGGACCAAAGUGGCUAUGUAUUUUGGUAAUCAUGUGGGUAUCAAUAGAUGGUGGGUGGUGCCAUGGGUGUUGGGAGCAAGAGAGAGUUGCUCUCUUGCAACUCAAACCUUCAUUCAAUCAGCUAAAUUGGUUGGAGGGUGAGAAGACUUCAAACUGUUGUGAGUGGGAAAUGGUUGAGUGUAGUUCUGACACAGGGCGAGUAAUGACACUCGUCCUAGAAGGAAGUAGAGAAUUGGACUCGCCGGUGUUGUAUAUCAAUGCCUCUUUGUUUCUCCCGUUUGAAGAACUGAAAGAACUUCACUUGGAGUCCAAUAAUAUAGUUGGUUGCACUGAGAAUGAAGGAUUUGAAAUAUUGUCAGCAAGGUUGAAAAAUCUGGAGGUGCUUGGCUUGAGCGAUAAUGAGUUCGAGAACAAUAUCUUAUUAUCUCUGCGUGACCUUUCUUCCUUAAAAAUUUUAUAUCUGGACUAUAACCAAUUGAAGGGAACAAUCCACACCGAUGAACUCAACAGUCUGAACAACUUGGAGGAAUUAAAUAUGUACGGGAAUAAGAUUGAAGGCUUUGGAUCUCUUCAAGGAUCUGAAAUAUUGUCAUCAAAGUUGAGCAAUCUGGAGGUGCUUCGCUUGGGCUCUAACAAGUUCAAUAACAGCAUCCUAUCAUUUUUGCGUGGUCUUUCUUCCUUAAAAGCCCUAUAUCUGGAUUUCAAUCAAUUGAAGGGAACAAUUCAUAGCCAUGAAUUUGACGGUCUGAACAACUUGGAGGAGUUAGAUAUGAGUGGGAAUCAGAUUGAAGGCUUUGAAUAUGUUCAAGACAAAAGAACUUUGAAAAAGUUGAAAGUUCUUGAUCUAGGAUACCAACAGAUCACUACAAGCAUUCGACUGCAAUCAUUAGGGUCAAUCCCAAACCUCAGGACACUUUAUCUUUCAAAUAACUACUUAAAUGGAACAACAACUACUCAAGAGUUGGGUAAUUUGACCACGCUAGAAGAAUUGUACUUGGAUCGUUCUAUUCUACGCACAGACUUUCUUCGAAGCAUUGGAUCAUUGAUUUAUCUCAAAGUUUUGAGUUUGGAAAGUUGUGGACUCAAGGGAAUCCUGCCUAAUCAAGGCUGGUGCGAAUUGAAGAACUUGCAAGAGCUUCAUCUCUUUUAUAAUAAACUUGAAGGGACACUCCCACCAUGUUUAGGAAACUUGUCAUCUCUUCGAUAUAUGGAUAUCUCUUCCAAUCAAUUCAAUGGAAAUCUUGCCUCCACUCCCAUACCCAAUCUCAUUUCCCUUGAAAGCCUCCAUCUUGGAGGUAAUGACAUUGAAGUCCCGAUGUCAUUAAAGCCAUUGGCAAAUCUCUCAAAUCUUACGGAUUUCUCUGCUGAUAACAUUGUUCUAGAUCUUGAUAGCCAAUUCUGGACUCCAAGAUUUCGACUACGGUCAUUGAGGUUUUGGAGCUCUCUAUUCAAGAAAUCAAAACCACAUCUUCCCAAUUUCCUCUAUUAUCAAAAUGAUUUGGAGAGGAUUUAUCUAUACGGUUGUGAGUUUGGAGGUGUGUUCCCAAAUUGGUUGCUUGAGAAUAACACAUCAUUAGAUGAUUUUAUUUUGAGUGGUAACUACUUUAUGGGCCCAUUGUUAUUGCCAUCACAUUCCAAUCUAAAUCUCUCUGAGAUAUAUAUAUCUGACAACCAGCUACAAGGUCCAAUUCCUACAAAUCUAAGUGUCAUUUUUCCAAAUGUGGAGUACUUAGAUAUGUCUGGAAAUUUUUUCCACGGAGAGAUCCCUGCUAGCUUGGGUGAGAUGGAGUCAUUAACAUAUUUGGACUUAUCUAACAAUCAAUUUUCUGGAGGAAUACCAUGGCAGUCUUACAAGCAGAGCUCCUCUUUGAAGAAUAUUAAGCUAUCAAACAACAGAUUGCAUGGGCAUAUACUGCCUAUCGAUUUGAACUCUACCACAUUACGGAGUCUUGAGUUGGAUGGCAACAACUUUGCAGGAGAGAUACCUCAGCCUAAUAUCUCAGCCUUUUCCUCUUUGGAACUAUUGGACUUUAGCAAUAACUUGCUAUCUGGCAGGCUUCCAAGAUGGUUAUCAAACAUCUCGUAUUUAUCCGGUAUCGGAAUGUCCAAUAAUUACUUUAAGGGAACUAUUCCGUCGGAUUUCUGCAACAUUCAAGGACUUCAAUUUCUGGAUCUGUCUAAGAAUGAUUUGUCUGACUCUAUACCACCUUGCUUCAGCCAGUUACAGUCUCUCGGCCAUGUCCAUUUAAAUAAUAACAGGCUGCGAGGUCGAUUACCACAUGAUUUUCUUAACAACUCUUCUAUUUUGGUGGUAGACCUUAGCUAUAACAACUUCAGUGGCAUCAUUCCAAGUUGGAUCGGCAAUCUCUCAAGUUUGGGCGUUCUUCUUUUGCGAGCGAACGAGUUCCAUGGUGAGAUUCCCAUUGGCUUAUGCAGUCUAAACCAAUCAAGCUUCUUGGAUCUUUCCUCGAAUAAUUUAUCGGGUCGUCUGCCUCCCUGUUUGAGUAAUUUCAAUUUUGAAGCUGGAGAGAACCACCAUUUGGCAUAUGAUUUUACGUCCUACAAGAAAGAAGUUGUGGAGUUUAUGGUAAAGGGUAACCCCCUCAAGUACUCGGGAGAGAUCCUCGAUGAAAUGUUCGGAAUUGAUCUGUCUUGCAACAAAUUCUCCGGUGAAAUCCCACCUGAGUUUGGAAACUUAAGCAAUAUCAAAUCUCUGAAUCUAUCACACAACAAUCUGACGGGACGAAUCCCCGCAACUUUCGCAAACUUGAAGCAGAUUGAGAGUUUGGAUCUUUCUUACAACUACUUCAUUGGUCUAAUCCCUCCUCAACUUACAGAGUUGAACUUUCUAGCAGUUUUCAGAGUGGCACACAACAAUUUGUCAGGUCCACUUCCGGAUAGGAAAGGCCAAUUUAUAACAUUUGAUGAAAGUUGUUAUGAGGGAAACCCUUUUCUCUGUGGACCUCCAUUGACUAAAAGUUGCAAAGAAAAUGUUUCUGCAUUACCAUCUCCAAAUGCCUUUCUUGAUGAGGAUGAAGAUGAUGGUUUCAUGGACAAUGGUGUUUUCUAUGUGACUUUUGUGGUGUCUUAUGUUAUGGUACUAUUGGCAAUAGCGGCAACUCUAUACAUAAAUCCAUAUUGGCGACGAGCAUGGUUUUAUCGAAUAGAAGUGUGCAUCACCGCUUGCUAUUAUUUCAUGGAGGAUAAUUUUUGGAAUGUGUAGCUUCUUUUGAUAGGAUUUGAUGAAGAUUGGGUGGAUUUCGUUGAUUUCAUCUUUUAGCUCAUCGUCUAUAUGUUGAGCUGGGAAGUUCGCUUCUGAUAUUCAUCCGUUUGUUUGGGCCUUCAUCUAUUUGUUUGGGCUUUAAACUUUUGUUGUCGGUCUUUAUGGUUAUUGGGCGCUAGUUAUUAAGAUUCAAAUAUUUUAGUCCUUAAGCCCAUUUGUCCAUUGUGUCAGUAUUCAAAAUUUUGUACCGUUCUUCUUUGUGGGUCAUCUUGUAUUAGUAUAAAAAAAACAUUUAUAUGA